AGAGAAAAGAAAUGAUGGAGGAGUGGCAUUAAUCCUCCAUUAAUGGCCUGCUCCUGCUUUCACUUAGCUUUCCUCCUCGUCGUCGUUGUCCUCCUGCCUGCCUGCUGCUGCUCCUCCUGAGCUACGCUCCUCUCGCCUCGUCCCUCCCUCCACUCUGCUGCUGCCAUUACUGCUGCAGCCUCUGCCGACUGCUGCUCCCACUGUCCACUGCAAUUAAUUAGAUCUGCAUCUACACUGCGCAGGCACUAACUCCAUUCACCUCCUCCUCCAUUAACGAAGCCCUGUCCUAUCAUCUCUCUCGUUCAUCUCGGAUCUUAUGUCAUUUCUCGAACUCCUGCUCCUGCUCCGAUCGGGUCCCGCAUUCCUCCGAAUCCGGACUCGAUCCCAGCUGGUACAGCUAUCCUCCACCGAUCCGCGGUGAAUGCUGGCAUAGAGGAUGAACCCACUGUGCUGCAUUGCUCCUGUCUCGAUCGACCGCGAGAGGAGCCAGGUCGCCGUCGAUCCGGCAGUCAGGACGGUCAACUCCAGCUCGAAGCUCAGCUACGGAGCUCAGGUUCCGUCGGUGGGGGCCGACCUCGAUAGGCCCGCGGCGGCUGCUCGGAGCGAGGAAGCAGCCGGAGAGGGCGGCAGGGACUCCAAGGUUUUUGGCGGGAGCGGCGGCAGUCUGGGAGGGAUUCUGUACAAGUGGGUGAAUUACGGGAAGGGAUGGCGCGCGAGGUGGUUCGUGCUCGAAGACGGGGUGCUGUCCUACUACAAAGUUCACGGGCCGGACAAGAUCGUGAUGAGCCCCGCGGCGGAGAAGAGCGUCAGGGUCAUCGGAGAGGAGUCGCUCAAGUUCGUGAGGAAGGCGAGCUGGAGGAUCAAUGGCAGGAAGCAGUGCAGGCCAUUCGGUGAAGUUCACUUAAAGGUUUCAUCCAUUCGUGCUAGUAGGUCAGAUGAUAAAAGGCUGUCGAUAUUCACUGGCACAAAAACUCUCCACCUGCGCUGCGUAUCUCGAGAAGACAGAACUGCAUGGGUUGACGCGCUUCUGGCAGCGAAAGAUCAAUAUCCUAGAGUGCUGUCGAGCAAUGACUUCGCACCUUCUGAUGAUGUUAUUGUUUCAACUGAAAAGCUUCGGUCGCGGCUGCUGCAGGAUGGUGUCACUGAAGCUGUCAUUAGAGAUUGUGAGUCUCUUAUGCUUUCAGAACUUUCUGAACUGCAAAACCAAUUGAAGGUGCUUCAGCGAAAACAUGUUAUGUUGUUGGACUCACUGAGACAACUGGAGGCUGAGAAGAUAGAGCUGGAAACCACUGUAGUGGAUGAAACAAAGGAGCGCGAUUCAUUCUGUGGACAUGGAAAUAGAAGAUUUAGUGAUUUCUAUUCUGUCAUGUCCGAGGGCUCUGGAAGUGAAUCUGAGAUGGAUAAUGAAAGUCGAGAUGGAGGUGAUGUCGAAACAGAUGAAGAAGAUGGGAUGUAUUUCGACACAAAUGAUUUUUUGUCCGCAGAUGCUCUGAGAAGUGCUUCCUAUAGGUGUAGGGAAAACAUGGGCAGUGCCUGCAUAUCUGAUAGGGAUGGUUUCUUUUCUGAUCAUAUCCGUGGAAUUGACAGAGAAAUAAAGGCGGUUGAAUAUCCAUAUGUAAAGAGAAGGGACAACCUGCCCGAUCCAAAGGAGAAAGAGAAGCCUGUUGGUUUGUGGUCGAUCAUUAAGGACAAUAUCGGAAAGGAUCUGUCGGGAGUUUGUCUUCCUGUUUACUUUAAUGAACCGCUCUCCUCGUUGCAGAAGUGCUUCGAAGAUCUGGAGUACUCUCACUUGGUGGAUCGAGCUCUGGAAUGGGGAAAACAGGGAAACGAGUUGAUGAGAAUAUUAAAUGUUGCAGCUUUUGCUGUGUCCGGCUAUGCAUCAACUGAAGGGCGGCAGUGCAAACCAUUCAAUCCACUCCUUGGGGAGACUUACGAAGCCGACUACCCAGAUAAAGGACUCCGCUUUUUCUCUGAGAAAGUUAGUCACCACCCAAUGGUAGUUGCAUGUCACUGCGAAGGAAGAGGCUGGAAAUUUUGGGCGGAUUCAAAUCUCAAAGGCAAGUUUUGGGGUCGUUCUAUUCAGCUCGAUCCUGUGGGUGUCCUCACACUGCAAUUCGAGGAUGGGGAGACAUUUCAGUGGAGCAAGGUCACAACUUCUAUCUACAACAUCAUACUAGGAAAGAUCUAUUGUGAUCAUUAUGGUACAAUGCGCAUCAGAGGUAGUGGCAACUAUUCGUGCAAGCUCAAGUUCAAGGAGCAGUCUAUCAUAGACAGAAAUCCUCAUCAGGUCCAUGGAUUUGUACAAGACAAUAGAACUGGUGAAAAGGUUGCAAUGUUGGUAGGAAAGUGGGACGAGGCAAUGUACUAUGUACUGGGAGAUCCAACUACGAAGCCCAAGGGCUAUGAUCCAAUGACAGAAGCUGUAUUGUUGUGGGAGAGAGACAAGUAUGCUACAAAGACGAGAUAUAAUCUAUCUUCUUUUGCAAUAUCCUUGAAUGAAAUUACACCAGGGUUGUUGGAUAAACUGCCACCAACUGACUCAAGGCUGAGACCGGAUCAGAGGCACUUGGAAAAUGGAGAAUAUGAGCUGGCAAAUGCUGAGAAGUUGAGACUGGAACAGCUACAAAGACAAGCAAGAAAGUUGCAGGAGAGAGGUUGGCAGCCCCGAUGGUUUCAGAAGGACGAAGAUGGUUGUUAUCGUUAUACUGGCGGUUAUUGGGAAGCUAGAGAGCAAAAAAACUGGGACGGUAUUCCUGACAUAUUUGGGCAGAAUGUUGAUCCAUCUUGUUCAGUUGAAGAAUGAGCUCUCUCGUUUGGUUUGCUUUC